UCCUCGGGCGCAAAGGAGGAGGAUAUUGAAUCAAUGCUUUCGAAACCGACCUGGUCUGUUCGCUCGUUGCUCCCUGAUGCAGCUACAAAACCACCCUCUCCAUCAGUUACUCCAGCGCAACUUCACCAUCUACUGCGUCUGUCCGCUCUUCCCCAACCCUCUAGCCAGGAGGAGGAACAGAGAAUGCUGGGAACCCUCGAGUCUCAGAUUCAUUUCGUCAAGGAGAUCCAAAAAGUUAAUACUACGGGGGUUGAACCGCUGCAAAGCAUUCGAGAUGAGAGUCCAGAGGCGUCGAAGGAAAACACCAUUGGACUGGAACAGCUAAAGGAGGCCAUGUCUAAGGAACAAAUAAUCGGUCGGAACAAGAGAAUUCAACGUGUUGUUGACUCUGGGAGAAAUAACCGCCCUGACGGGGAUGCAUGGGACGGAAAUGCCCUUGGGUAUGCUUCAAAGACGAAGGGGAAAUACUUCAAGCAUGCCAGCACCUUCGGCUCGGCUCCACCGGCGGAGGCGAAGGGAAACCAUGACCAGGACUUAACGACUAUUCUCGACCGUUCACAACGAGCUGACCUCACAAUUUUGAUUGCUCAAAUCACUAUGCGUAUGAGAGACUUGAUUGAGGAGAGUUUUAAAGCUAUUCCGGCACAAAAUCAGGAAUUCCUACCAACCCAACUUAUAGACUUUGAUGACAAAGACAACAAAGAUCAUGCCCUAUCUUCAGAUGCAAAGGAGGAAGAGGUGUCCAAAGAGGAAGAAACUCGAUCAGAGUAUGUUCCGACCGCCGAAGACGUCAAAGCUGAAGCUAGCGCCCUCACUCAAUUUGACGAUUGGAAAGACUCUGUCCUUCUUCGGGUAGGAGAAGUCGUCAAUCGGGAAGAAGAGAGUCAGGGCCAGGAGGCAGAGAAUUCGAGUUCACAAGAUACACAAAAGUCCGAAAGCCCACAUGAGGACGAGGAUGACCGCACCUGGAAUCGACUUGCUGAAAUAUAUCCACCUUUGGAGACACCACUAAUAAAGCUUCCCAAAGCAAAAAGACUCUUGAUACUUCAUUCACUGCUUCUUUUGCUGCUCAGUUUGGAGCACUACCGCGCCCACUCCCGUGUUUUGAUGUUGUACGCUGCGUCUAGCUUGGGCGUGGGAAUCAAAACUCUCAACCAGGAUGAAGUUAAGAUAGCACGAGGAUUACUUGAUACAGCUCUUCAACUUGAUGCGAACUCGGACGACGCUCAAAAUCAAGGAAGAGAGCGUGACUCCUCCCGAAAAUGGAAAGUUGGCAUAGCAUCCGUGGCUGGUGCUGUCCUGAUUGGCGUUACCGGUGGACUUGCUGCGCCUCUGAUUGCAGCCGGCCUGGGGACAGUUAUGGGUGGAUUGGGACUUGGAGCUACAGCUGCAGCUGGUUAUCUCGGAGCUCUUGCUGGCAGCGGGGUCAUCGUUGGUGGCCUCUUUGGCGCCUAUGGCGGUAGGAUGACCGGACGCAUGGUGGAUAAAUACGCCCGUGAGGUGGAUGAUUUUGCGUUUUUGCCCAUCCACGGGUCUAGACAGAGACAUGUUGAUGAGAAGGAAGCAGCUAAGCAGGAUCACCGCCUUCGUGUCACGAUCACCAUCACUGGUUGGCUCACCGAGGAAGACAAUUUCGUGGUCCCGUGGCGUGUCAUCGGCCCCGAUUCAGAGGUCUUCGGCCUCCGCUGGGAAACAAACCCAUUAAUGGACCUUGGAAAUGCAAUCGAUUACCUAGUCACAAGCGCUGCUUGGUCUGCAGGUGGGCAAGUUUUGUCCAAAACGAUAUUCGCGGGUCUUCUCAACGCUAUGAUCUUACCUCUUGGUCUUCUUAAGCUUGCUCGUGUGGCCGACAAUCCUUUUAGUAUCGCCAAGGCACGCGCGGACAAAGCUGGCGAGGUUCUUGCCGAUGCCUUGAUAAGUAAGGUACAAGGAGAGCGAGCUGUGACCCUUAUUGGGUAUUCACUGGGUUCUCGAGUUAUUUUCUCGUGCCUGCAGAGCUUAGCCAAGAGGCAAGCUUACGGAUUGGUCGAAUCGGCGAUUCUCAUGGGAUCCCCGAUCCCAUCUGAUACUCUGCAUUGGCGUCGAAUGCGGCGUGUCGUGAGUGGACGGCUAGUCAAUGCCUACUCGGAAAACGAUGCCGUGCUUGCCUUCUUGUACCGAACGAGCAGCCUUCAGCUUGGAGUUGCUGGGCUUCAACCUAUCAAGAAUGUCCCAGGCGUUGAAAACCUCGACGUCAGUGAAAUCAUAAGUGGCCAUCUCCGCUACCAGUUCCUGGUUGGGCGGAUUCUUCGAAUGGUGGGGUUGGAAAGCAUCAAUUCCCGAGAACUUGCGCGAGAGGAGGCUGCAUUGGCAGUAAAGGACCGGAAACAGGAGCAGCAACGCAUCCAGAACGAGCGUCGGGCGGGUGUUGAAGGAGAUAGUGAAGCAGCACGUCGGAAGUUAGCAAGUGGCGAACUCGCCGAUAGUGAUGAGGCUGGGAUGCCAAAGCAGGUGCAGGAAAGCACAGAAGAGAAUCAGCAUCGUAUACCACGCCGUCCGGUACCGUCUAGGAUCUCUCAGGAAGAGACCAAGGAACAGGCACCGUCACGUACUACUUGAUACUCUUGUUGUUUUACCUUAGGUAAGCCAUGACGAAUUUAUCAGCGUCUGAUUGGUCAAGCCACGAUCGCUUCUUCUUUCCUAUAUUGGUUAGACUGUGUGUGAAUUUCUGCGGCAUUUAAUUAUCCGAGGAUAGUUCAUGUCACAUGAUAAUUUCCAUCUAAUAAAUGAAACAAUAGGACUUUGAAUCUAUCUGGUUGGGUGCAAUCUACCUGUCCAGGAGACUAUCC